AUGGGAGGACUGAGGAGAAGGAUGAGGAGGUUAAGAGAACUGAACCCCAUUGAGGAGGUGGAGGAAGGUUUGGCUGAUGAUAAUGAGGAGGAGGAGGUACAUGCUGAAGCAGUAGUGGUGGAGGAGAAUGAGGAGGUGGAGAUACAGGAUUUUGUGGAGGUAGAGGUUGAGGAUGAGGCUGAGGAAGAGGUUGAGGAUGAGGCUGAGGACGAGGAUGAGGCUGAGGAUGAGGAGGAGGCUGAGGAAGAGGUUGAGGAUGAGGAGGAGGCUGAGGAAGAGGAUGAGGCUGAGGACGAGUUCUCCGGAUAUGACACCACAAGCUCUGAGGAAGAAGACGAUGAAGACGAUGGCCAUCCUCCGCCUCACCUUCGGUUCACCCAGAGGAUUCCCCCCGACUUCAGACUCCCAUGGAACCACGAGGAGCCGGAGGAUUCUCCGGAUUGCCAAGAAGACCGUGCCUCUAGGAAAAGGAGAAGAGACGAAGAUGAGGAAGAUGAUGAAGACGAGGACCACCUUCCGCCUCUCCUUCGGUUCACCCAGAGGAUUCCGCCCGACUUCAGACUCCCAUGGAACCACGAGGAGCCGGAGGAUUCUCCAGACUGCCAAGAAGACCGUGCCUCUAGGAGAAGAAGAAGAGAGGAAGAGGAUGAAGAGGAGCCCCCUGGGAAGAGGCCUUGUGGCGAGAGGUCUAGGGAUGCCUUAGGUAGCGUCUUGCNGAAGACGAUGAAGACGAUGGCCAUCCUCCGCCUCACCUUCGGUUCACCCAGAGGAUUCCCCCCGACUUCAGACUCCCAUGGAACCACGAGGAGCCGGAGGAUUCUCCGGAUUGCCAAGAAGACCGUGCCUCUAGGAAAAGGAGAAGAGACGAAGAUGAGGAAGAUGAUGAAGACGAGGACCACCUUCCGCCUCUCCUUCGGUUCACCCAGAGGAUUCCGCCCGACUUCAGACUCCCAUGGAACCACGAGGAGCCGGAGGAUUCUCCAGACUGCCAAGAAGACCGUGCCUCUAGGAGAAGAAGAAGAGAGGAAGAGGAUGAAGAGGAGCCCCCUGGGAAGAGGCCUUGUGAUAAAAGAUGAAGCCUCAUUCAUAAGGGCUCUUGGCUGCAGCCCCAAUCUACUGCUGAAGGUGGUCUCCAUCUUUGGUAACACAGGGGAGGGCAAAUCCCACACUCUGAACCACACCUUCUUCAUGGGCAGAGAAGUCUUCAAAACCUCCCCCACUCAGGAGUCCUGCACAGUGGGUGUAUGGGCAGCAUUUGACCCCAUCCAUAAGAUUGUGGUCAUCGAUACAGAGGGGCUGCUUGGUAACAGCUCCAAACAGGGUCAAAGAACUCGUUUACUUCUCAAGGUGCUCGCCAUUUCAGACCUCAUCAUUUACCGCACUCAUGCCGACCGCCUCCACGACGACCUUUUCAAGUUCCUCGGCGAUGCCUCUGAUGCUUAUCUGAGGCAUUUCACUAAGGAGCUAAAAGCCACAACGGCUCGCUGUGGCCUGGAUGUCCCGCUGUCCACCCUGGGCCCUGCUGUGGUCAUCUUCCAUGAAACUGUCCACACCAAGCUCCUGGGUUCAGAUAAAUCGUCGGACUCUGUGGAUCGGCUGCUGUUGGAGCGCUUUAGGAAGCUUUCCCGUUUUCCGGAAGCCUUCAGCUCCGUCCAAUAUUGGGGCACACAGACUCUCAGUCCUCCCACCGAUUUUCGGGGCUUGCAGAAUAAACUGGAUCAGCUCCUGGAUAACAAUGCCACCCGCUCGCCUCGUGCCCCAGGCGUCAUCUUCAAAGCCCUGCAGGCACUGAGUGAACGCUUUAAUGGAGAAAUCGCAGGUGAGGUUGCAACACAAAGCUGCUUCUUCCCUGAUGAGUACUUCACCUGUUCCAGCUUUUGCCUCAGUUGUGGAUCCGGAUGCAAAAAUAGUAUGAACCACUUGCAUGAAGGGUCGUACCAUGAGGCGAAGCAACGCUGCCGUUACUCUGCUCAGUAUGAUAAUCGCAUUUAUACGUGUAAGGCUUGUUAUGAAGGAGGGAAGGAAAUGAUAGUUGUCCCGAAGACGUCAGCUUCCUCAGACUCCCCAUGGAUGGGCCUGGCUAGAUACGCCUGGUCUGGGUAUGUUAUUGAAUGUCCAAACUGUGGAGUGAUCUACCGAAGCCGCCAGUACUGGUAUGGCAACCAGGACCCUGUGGAUACAGUCGUUCGCACUGAGAUCCAACAUGUUUGGCCAGGGUCUGACGGCUUUUUAAAGGACAACAACAAUGCUGCACAGCGGCUUCUCGAUGGCGUCAAUCUAGUGGCCCAGUCGGUAUCAGAGCUCAGCGUGAAACCUGCUAAGGCCGUCACCUCUUGGCUGACAGAUCAGAUCGCUCCAGCCUACUGGAAACCCAACUCCCUCAUCAUGAUGUGCCACAAGUGUCACACGGUCUUCCAGGAUAAUGACACCAAGCAUCACUGCCGUGCCUGCGGGGAGGGGUUCUGUGACGGCUGUUCGUCCAAAGCUGCGCCCGUCCCUGAGAGAGGCUGGGGUCUUGCCCCUGUCAGGGUGUGUGACGUCUGCUUUGAGCAGAGAGCUUCAUAUGCAGAAAUACUUGCGUCAGAGCUUGAGGAAGAAGAAGGCGGGACUCUGGCCAGAAAGGUUGGAGAAGCUGUCACCAACACCAUAGGAGUCGUGGCUACUGCCAUUGACAUCCCACUUGGCCUGGUAAAAGACGCAGCUCGCCCAGCCUACUGGGUGCCUGACCAGGACAUCCUGUCGUGCAACAACUGCCAGCGUGAGUUCACUGCCAAGCUCUCCAAGCACCACUGCCGUGCCUGUGGCCAAGGAGUGUGCGACGAAUGCUCCCCACAGCGACGAGCAGUCCCUUCCCGGGGCUGGGACCACCCUGUUCGCGUGUGUGACGGCUGCAACCAAAAACUUGGAGAACUUUGAUGUGGUUGCCUUUCCGUCCCCUGAGCACCGGGAGAGAAGCGUUCGCCCAGAUGGCAGUCUGUCACUGUCUAGGUGUACACCUGCUCUAUGAAAAGGAAAGCUUAGGGAAUACUUUAAUAUUUUAGAAAAGUUGAAUUUAGAGUUCCUGUGGUCUUUCUAGAACACACAGAAUCUGGGGUUAACUGACUGAAUGUCACAACUGAAUUUGAGCUUCAUAUUUCAAUCAUAAUGAGCAAAAAUCCACAACAUUUCUGUUAAAUAAAGCCGUCAAGGUAUUUUUCUAUUAUUAGAGGGUAUAAACAAAAUGCAUCAUUGGAAGGACUGAUAGAAUAAGAGGAUGGUUGAUUGCUGUGAGUAUAACUCCAGCAAUGUGUAUCUGGGUUGCUCGUUGCUGAUGUUGAGCGUGUAAAAGUGUGAUAUCUUGUAUUUUGGAAGGCAUAACUGCGGGUUUUGUUGCAUGCAUGCAUUGCAGGAUUUUAGUUUUUGCACUAAGUCUUUUUUGCAGCUGUUAUAGGCUGUUGCUUAACAUGGCAACCUUUAGGUAUCCAGCAGAGGAAGAACACUGACCCAAGCUGGGCUGAAUUCUGCAGCAGUAGGGUCAGAUAUUGGAUAUCUGGUGUGCCAAAAUGUAUUCAGGUCAUUGUGUAGGUGCAACUUCAAUGUUUACCUUAUGUCAUGCUAUUUGUGGUUGUAUGGACUCACAAAGGUGUUGAUUAUACUUGUUGAAAAUAUUCUAGUGUUCAUCAUGUAAA